AUGAUUUUCUCUAGCCUCACAAUCGCUGCCUUGUCUGCUACUGUUGUCCUCGCUCAAGAUGAAUACGAGUACGACUCCUACUACGAUAGCGACUACAGCUUAGAUAGCUAUGCCGACAGUGCUUACGGGCUUCAGCCAGACGAUGGUGGAUUCAACAUCGAUGCCAGAGCUGGAUUCAAGAAAAACAAGAAAAAGAAGAGAAAGCCAAGAACAACGACUCCUGCUCCAACAACCACUGAAGAACCCACCACUACAACUUUCCCAACAACUACCACUGCACAGCGAAAGACUUAUUUCUUUAACUCUGUAAAGACCACAACAACAACCACCACGACAACAACAGCGACGACUACAACGACUACUAGUUCAACUACGACGACAACAACUACAACUGUCGCUCCAGCUGGAAAGGGCAAAAACAACUUCGCUGUCAAUAACAAGAAACCUGCUGCUUCUAAGAACACCUGGCCGAGCGCUAACAGCCAGACCUACAGCAACAACUACAACAAUCAAAACAGCGCCUACAACAGCGGCACUGCUUACAACACCAAUACGGCCUACAGCGGAGGCAACACGUACAAUACCAACACUGGCUACAAUGGAAACAAUGCUGCCUAUGGAAAGGACAACUACCCAGCUCCUGCUGCGAAAUUGAGCUGCUGGACUUGCCACGCUUACUCCAUGGCUGACUGCAAUGCUCAGGGCUCUCUCGUUGCUUGCCAGUCUAACCAGGAAUCUUGCGAGCUUGAAAUCCGAGAGCGACAAGGAAAGACCGAGCAGAUCCGAAUGGGAUGCAAGCAAAAGAUGGCAUGUGAAAACAACAAGAUGCAGAAUUUCUGGGGCAACAAUCCCGCUUGGCAGGGUUCGCUUGAGCUCAAAUUACCGAACCCUGCCGCUUGGACCCAGUGCCGACCUGAGCCAGGAUACACUCACUCUGUCUGCCGACAAUGCUGUGAGACAGAUAGCUGCACAAAAGACUGGUAUCCAACUGAUCGACCCGGUUGGGGAUACACCGCUCCUUCUGGAUACUAA